UCCCUGCACACCCAGCUGCCAGCCCAGCCCUGCCCGCACCCCCCACAUCAUUCCCUGUGUCCCGCACCCUCACCUCGCCUCUCCCGGUGCCAGCGCGAUCCCAUCGCGAUCCAUUAUCGCUACGGGCGACCGUGUCUCUUUAACAGGCUCCGCUGGUGACACGCGUGUGCGUGUGUGCAAACGCGCGUGUGCGUGUGCUCCCAGCUCCCUGGGCUGGCUGGCAGGAGGGACCCCCCUUCUCCAUCCCCCCGGAUCCGGAUCCGGCCCCAUUCCCCCCCUCCACUCCCCGCUUAUUUUUCCUGUUGUUUCGCGGGGUUGGGGCGGGGGCCGGGCGGGAUCCGGCCCCUUUGCCAACGGGGAUUUUUGGGGGGAUUAUUCCCGGUUUUCUUCCUGGUGGGUUUUUUUUCUGCGACCGAGAGAAGACGGGCACAAGGCAUGGCAUGAGCUUCGGGAGACGGGGCUGGAGAGAGACCUGUGGAAGAUGUCGAACCCGAGAAACGGCGACACCAAGCCCCCAUGUUUGCCCCGCAAUGGACUGGUGAAGAUCCCCACGCAACCCAACGGCCUCGGCUCCGCCAGCAUCACCAAAGGCACCCCUGCCAUGAAAAACCGCCUGUGCCAGCCUUCCUCCGUGCCUGCCAUCCUCAGCCCGGCCUUAGCCCACCGCAGCGACCUGCCCAUCCCCAGCCUGGCCUCCCCACUCUCCUUGGCUGCUCUGGCCAGCGUGUCCUCCCCUCCCGGCGCUUCCUUGGUGGGACUGAACGCGAGCGAGGGCUCGGAGCAGCCCUCGCCGGAGCGGCUGCCGGGCUCACCCUCGGAGAGGCAGCUGGCGGUGGACGAGAAGAUCCUCAACCGCCUGUUCUGGUACUUUUCGGCGUGUGAGAAGUGUGUGCUGGCACAGGUGUGCAAGGCGUGGCGGCGGGUGCUUUACCAGCCCAAGUUCUGGGUGGGCUUGACACCCGUCCUGCACACCAAAGAGCUCUACAACAUCCUGCCUGGCGGGGAGAAGGAGUUUGUCAGCCUACAGGGCUUCGCCGUCCGCGGCUUUGAUGGCUUCUGCCUCGUGGGCGUCUCUGACCUGGACAUUUGUGAGUUCAUUGACAACUACCCCCUCUCCAAGAAGGGAGUCAAGUCCAUGAGCCUUAAGAGGUCGACCAUCACAGAUGCGGGGUUGGAGGUGAUGCUGGAGCAGAUGCAGGGCGUGGUGCGGCUGGAGCUGUCGGGCUGCAACGACUUCACGGAGGCGGGGCUGUGGUCCAGCCUAAACGCCCGGAUCACGGCCCUGAGUGUCAGCGACUGCAUCAACGUGGCCGACGACGCCAUCGCCGCCAUCUCGCAGCUCCUGCCCAACCUCACCGAGCUCAACCUGCAGGCCUACCACGUGACGGACACGGCGCUCGCCUACUUCACCGCCAAGCAGGGCUACACCACCCACACCCUGCGCCUCAACUCCUGCUGGGAGAUCACCAACCACGGCGUGGUCAACAUGGUGCACAGCCUGCCCAACCUGAGCGUCCUCAGCCUCUCGGGCUGCUCCAAGGUGACGGAUGACGGGGUGGAGUUGGUGGCCGAGAACCUGCGGAAGCUGCGCAGCCUCGACCUCUCCUGGUGCCCUCGUAUCACCGACAUGGCCCUGGAGUACAUCGCCUGCGACCUGCACAAGCUGGAGGAGCUGGUGCUCGACAGGUGCGUGCGGAUCACCGACACCGGCCUCAGCUACCUGUCCACCAUGUCGUCCCUGCGGAGCCUCUACCUGCGCUGGUGCUGCCAG